GGUCGCUGCGCACGCGCAGUUGUUGAAGAAGGCGCUAUUUCCUUUCCCCACCUCUUCUCCCUGUCUCUUGUCUGGGGGGAGGGGACAGCUACCAGCGUUCCCCCUCCCCCCCAACUGACAGCACGACCGGCUUCGGCCGCGUCCCUCAGCAAACGCAGCGAGGCUAAAGUGACGCUUCCCUGAACUGGUAGUGUGAGGGGGAAGAAGCAGCGCAGGCCCCGCCGCUGGUGGGAGAUAGGGAUCCGGGCAACAGUUCCCACACGCAGGCAGCGCAGGCAUAGGGGGGCGGUGUCGGUUGUGUGUCUCCCUGUCCUUAUCCCCACAGGAUAAGGUCUGAGAGGCGCCAGGCGGCUCUUUUUGAGACGCCCCUUUUCCUCCCUUCUGCUGGCCGCCGGGGAUUAAGAGCCGCUUUUCGGAGCCUGGCGCGCGAGUGAGAGAAGGGCUCCCACCUGCCGCCACAGGUUACAGCCCUUCCCCUCAGCUAGGGGCCUCAGGCGGUGGCCACCGCCGCAUACCAGGUACGAAGUCGCAAGGCAGUAGAAGUGGCGGGUGGUGUUAGUAGUAGUAGCGAGAAGAAGCAAUCGGGGAGCUAUAGGCAGGGUGAAGGGAAAGUAGGGUCGAGUUCUUAGAUGCCUCCCACGGGCUCCGUCCCUUGCAGCCUCAGCCUUAGAGCCGGUGGGGCAUGAAUCUGGCGCAGCCCGAGGGCCAAGAGGAGGAGGAGGAGGGCGACGGUGGCGAAGAAGAGGAAGGCGACAUGGAACCGCCGCCGCCGGAGGAUGCCGCCGCCGCGUCCGUAGCCGGGGAGCGCGGAAUGGAGGCUGUAGCGGACCCCGCGGUGGUUGGCUGCCUGCUCAAAGGAGAGGAGGGAGAUGGAGGGAACAGCUGCGGCCACCACGGUUUGGAACAGGUUCUGAGUCCGGAAUUACAACAGGGUUAUCGGAUCCUGAGCGAGUUUCUGCUGGAAAAACACCGGCCUCUGACAGCUCCUUUCCUAAGACCUUUAGGAGACCAAGAAACUGAAGAUGGGCAAAGUGGAGUCGCAGCCGGUGUUUCGUUACAGGAAAGUAGCAGGCAUCAACCCACCCAAGAACCUCAGCAGCUAUCUGGCAUGUGGUUGCUGAAAAUGGAAGAGAAAUUUUCUACCGGGCAAUACAGAGGAAUAGCGGAUUUCGUGGCUGAUUUCCGGUUGAUGCUAGAGACAUGCUAUCGGUUGCAUGGAGUGGAUCAUUGGCUCUCCAAGCAGGCCCAAAAAUUGGAGAUGAUGCUGGAGCAAAAGCUGGCACUGCUGUCUCGGCAUUUGAGAGAGAAGACAGCAAUAGGAGUAACAUCUAAAGGGUUCUAUGGGCUGGAAGAUGAGAAGGGAACAGCUUGUACUUCAACAAGGCGUCGUUCUACACCACGCAGUUUAGCAGGCCUGACCACAGGAGUGUUUGAAUCCGUAAUGGUUCAGGUUCUGAGACAGGAAGAGCAACUGAAAGCAAAAGAAGAAAAGAGGCUUCGAGAGCAAGAAAGAAAAGAGGCAGAGGAAGCUAGCCAAAAGGAAAUAGAAGAAUGGGAGAAGUCUCUCCUAUCUCAAGCAGCACCCACUCGGAUGGAAAACAUGUGGGAAAUUCCAGCUAUUGGUCAUUUCCUUUGUUUAGCACAACAUAUUUUAAAUUUGCCUGAAAUAGUCUUUUACGAGUUAGAACGCUGCCUUUUGAUGCCUCAGUGUAGUGCUUUUUUGUCUAAAAUAAUGACUUCUUUGUUAAGUCCUCCUCCUCGGAGAUCUACCUUACAUCGAAGGCCAACUCUUCCUUAUGGGACUUGGGAAGCAGCACUUAGACAGAAAGUACAGCAGUGGUAUACAGCUGUAGGGCAGACUGACAAUCCUGACAGUUGUGCAGAAAAACUUGGUCUUUGUCCUCAAUUUUUUAAAGUCCUUGGAGAAAUUAAUCCUUUGGAGGAAAAGCCAUUUCAUGAGCUCCCAUUUUGUCAAAAAGUAUGGCUGCUAAAAGGCCUCUGUGACUUUGUAUAUGAGACCCAAAAAGAUGUACAAGAUGCAGUACUUGGGCAGCCUAUUCAUGAGUGCAGGGAGGUGAUUCUAGGUUAUGAUUACUUAGAACAUGCCUACGUUCACUUCCCUCAAUUCUGUGGUGCAGAUGUACGGAUUUACAAACAGAAGCCUUUUCAUGCCCCUGAGUUUCCAGUUCCUCCCAUUAAGGUAAAAAGAGUACCACGGAUUAAACUGGAGAAAAUGAAAUGUGAAUAUGUCUCUAAAAGCAAUGGGGAUGUUAGACUUAGUACUAAAGAAGAGCCUUGCACAAAGACAGAACCUGGAAAAAAUAUUUGCUUAGCAAAGAUCCACUUGGACCAUUUGGAUGUCACUCCAGAAAAAGAAAUGAAACCUUACUGUGAAGAGAAAAUUCAUAGGGAUUGUGACUUUACAAUAGAUUGCUACAAAGAAAACAGGGAUAAAGCAGUUGUUCCAGGAGAUAUUGUUGGCUUUGGAGGUCCCCUCAGUCCAGGAGAAAUUAGGAUUGUGGAAAAUGGAGAAAAAUGUGGUGAACCUUCAGUAGUGAAAACCGAGGCCACCCCGUUAAAGGAGAACACUCUCAAAACUUGCCAGAUGCACGUGAAUGGGAAUCAUAGUGACAAUCCAGACAUGAAUUGCCACAAAGUUGCUAAAGAAGUGACUUCAGAGAAUUCUGUAGAAAGCAAAACACUACAGUUUAGUAAAGUGCGAGCAAAGAAGAAGAAAAAGAAGAAAAAGAAAUUGAAAGAUAUUUUGAAUGAAAAUAUUCAGAGAAAGCGUGAGAUUCACCUCCACUCAUUGAAAUCUUAUAAACCUGAGAUCCAGAAUAAGUUGUUCAUGAUGAAGAAGAAAGCCAAGCACAAGAAGCACAAAUCAGAUCUGCAUGGAACUUUUACCACUACCACCCCACUUUCUACCAACAAAAUUGGACCAGCACAAGGAAAGAAAUCGAUAUCUAAAAAAACGAUUACAAAGAAGAGGAAAUCUGUUACAAAGCCUGCUAUUCCAGAAUUUCAGCUAAAGAGAUUUGUCAAAGGAUCAGCAAUUAAGAAAACCUGGCUUAUUUGCACUAAUCUUGAUGAACUCAGGGAACUAAUUAGAAAAAUUGAGAAUGAACUCAAAGAUGUAGAGAAUAUUAAAAAGAAAUCGGGAAGGUGGUAUCACCGAAAGCAAGCUGUAAAAGAACUACACUGUACUCUGAUACGACUGCUAAAUGAACUGUUACCAUGGGAACCAAAAUUAAUGAAGGCUUUUCAAAGAAACAGGUCUCGAUUAAAAAAGGAUUAUGAUGACUUCAAAAGGCAGCCAGAUCACGAUAAGUUUACAAGAGAACAGUGGACUCAUGAGGACACUGAAGUAAAUACUGGCAUAGACAUUUCCAGUGCAUUAACUAGUGAGUCCUCAGAACACAGCGAGGUUCUGAAAAGGGAUGAUACACAUACAGAGGACAUGAAACUGGAAAUGGAACUUACUGCAGGAAAACCCAGACCUCUGAGAAGGGAAUUGGCUUGUAAAGAAAUGCACAAGACAGUGCCUAAAUCUGUUAAACGCCAGUCCAAGCAAAACUGUUACCUAGAUGAUAGCACAAAAGAGUUUUCACCAAGGAAAAAGCUGAAAUUAAGCACAAGCGAUACCACAAUCUAUGGUAUAGAAAAUGACUUGUCAAUUGAUAGCUGCUUGAAUAAACCUAAACCAAUAGAAUUGUCAUCUUCAGAGUCAUUGGACAUGACAGAUUCUGCACGAUCAAUAACAAGCUUAAUUAAAGGGACCAAACCCAUCCAGGCCUUGCUUGCGAAGAAUAUUGGGAACAAAGUGACCUUAACAAGUCAGUUGCCACCUGCUGCAGGUAGAAGCAUUUCUGCUUCUGAAAAGCUGAUUAUGUCAACUAUGGGUUCUUCCCCAGUCAAACCAGUGUUGCCCUGCCAGACCAGUUCAAAAAAUCCAUUACAAGUGUUGUACAAAAUACCAGGUGGACCCUGCAUGCCAAUAGACCUGCAUAACAAUUCAUUGAAGAUUCAGGUGCAGCCUGUGGCUGAUUGUAAAGCAGGAGAAAAAAACACAGGAGAGAAAAUCAUGCAGCAAGUCCUUAUUUUGCCUAAAAAUUUUCUUCUCCAUCACAGAGAGAGUAAAAGUGUGGCAAAAGAAAGUCAGUCAUUGCAACAGAAGCCUACUGAACAGCGCUGUAUCUCUCUUCCACAGACAACUGUCAACACUACUUUAGCUUCUGCCUUUCCAACUUCACUUAUAAAUGCUGCUAGUGCGUUUCUCCCCAGCACAAAUUUUAAAAAGAAUACUACACAUUUGCCACAAGGAGCUAAUGCAGUGAACAGUCUUUCAACAUUGCCCUCUGUAACCCCCACAGGAAAUGUAUUAGCAUCAGUGGUGAAAAUGAGCCAAAGUGAGACUACUAAAACUAAGACUGUUGUUUCAGCUGCCUCAUUCCCUGUCGCUUCACCCACUGUUUCCUCAGCAGUCCAGACUUUGACGACACUACCACAAAGUGUUUCUGCUUGCACCCGCAGUUCUUCCCCAAGACUAACAUCCCCACAAAAAAGUGACAUUGGUGAAGCUAAACAAGAACUGAAAACAGUCUGUAUCAGAGAUUCACAGUCUAUCCUUGUUAGGACGCGAGGUGGGAACACGGGAAUUGUUAAGGUGCAGACAAAUUCAGACCACAUUUCCCCUAGUACCUUAUCUCCAGGUUCUGUUUUCACAUAUGCACCUCAGCUUCAGGCAUUUUUAAUGCCCAAAUCCACACAAUUAUCAGCCUCUACCUUUUCAGCUGUAACAACAGCCAUACCUAAUUUCCCAACACUUAUCCAAUCCUCUCCAACAACUUCUGCUUCCAUUCCAACUGUUCCCAGCGGUGUCAAUCAGGGAAUGGGGAAAAACAUGACAUUUGCAUUUGGGCAACCAACAAACAGUGGUACUGUGGGUCAUGGAGUGCAAAAAACUGUGCAUGUGUCCUCCCCCACCUUCUUGUCUCCAGUGUCACCAUCUAACAUUGUCAUGCCACCACAGCCAAGCACCAUUUCCUCAGGAAAUAUUGGACAGAGUACCACAUGCACCACCCAGGCUCCUUUUAUUAAACAACAAGCUGAUGUAAAUAGUACAAAAUGUCCUGUUACACAGCCUGAGGUCACAUCUAUAAGCAGUGGAAGUGUGGUAAGUGGCACUCAAAUUCAAAAACUUAUGUUGGUCACAAAUCCCCCCCUUCUUCCUGCCUGUGGAACUGCUGGAGUCAACCUAGUCCCUGCUCCAACAUCCACUGUUACUACACAGAAACUGGUUUUCAUUAACACACCACUUGCUAAUAUUCAGUCAAAUACCAGUUUAACUGCAGAACCAUUUAAACAAGCUUUUCCUCCUCCUAUGGGAAAAGCGUAUAUUAAAAGCACAGAGCAACCUCAGUUAGUCCUCAUUCCAUCUACUGUGGGAACAUCGCUUAAAGUAAAUACAUCAUCAACUGUAUCUCAAAUAAAAGAUGUGAAAAUAGGACUUAAUAUUGGUCAGGCCAUUAUAAAUAGUACAGGUAGUACACAGAGUGUUCCACCAAUUAACAUUAUGCAGCAGACAGUUCCCAAAGAUGCAGAAGAGAAAAAUAGCCAGGGUGUAAUUUUGCCAUUGUCAGUAAGUGAUGGUUUGGUUCCUGUAUGUUCAAAUUUGGCAACUCAGAGUAUUGCAUCUGCCAAAGAGUCUCUGAGUGUUGCAACAAGAGUAGUAAAUGUAUCUACAGUAACAACAACAAAUACAUGUUUAGAUCCCACUUCUGUGGCAUUGAGUGGAAUUACUACUGGAGCACGGUCUACUGUCUUGGCUGGUGGAACAGAUACUUUGACAAAAGUAGCACCAGUUUUAACUACUCGAUUGCGUACCUCUAAUGUUGGAAAUACUGUGGCUAUAUCAACUGUGAAAACAGGGCACCUUGCUUCAUCAGUAUUAAUUUCAACUACUCCACCAACUGUGUCUCAUCCAAGCUUAUCUACUUUUCAGUUGCCGGGUACAGUUGCCUUGCCGGGACCUGUAAAUAGUGCCCCUACAAUGAUACCCACAGUUUCUCAAUUGCCAGCAGUUUCACCUGCUGUACAAUGUAUGCCUCUUUCAAAAGGUCAGCAGUCCACACUCAUUCAGUUUCAGUCAUCAGGAAUUUCAGCUGCAGUGCCAACAAAUGGAAGCACUCAAAACCCUCAAACUACAUUGGCUCCUAAUGCACCAAAUACAGGUAAAGUAAUUAGUUUUUCUAAUUUAGUUUCCCGGCCUUGUCAGCCACUGCCUCCUAAUCUUAUAAAGCCUGCUCCUGCUGUCUCUACUACUCAGACUGUCCCAGCUUCAACCUCUGUAGCUAGUAAUGUAGGAGGACAGUUGGCUGAGUCUUGUAUUCAACAAAAAAUAAUUAUUAACACUUGUACACCUUUGGCACCUGGAACUCAAAUAAUGAUCAGUGGUACUCGGUUCAUUGUUCCACCUCAGGGCCUUGGAGCAGGCAGCCAUGUUCUUCUCAUUUCUACAAAUCCAAAAUUUGGGCCUCUUUUAACUGUUAGUAAUGGUCAUGGGUUUCAGGGUGUAUCCCAUGCUGCUCCUGCUUCCCAGAAGACUACACAAGUGGUGAGUAAUACAUUAAGUUGGCAGCCAACAAAACAGCCUUUGAAAAGCUCUACCAAAAUUGUGAACUCUCUUGGGACUGCAAACCCUCUGCCUAUUGUACAUGCAACACCACAGAUUGCAAACAGUGCUACAAAACCAAGCACUCCAUCUUUUGCAACAACACUAUCUACACCUUUGGUAACAACCACACCAUCUACUAAUCUAGCUAAAACGUCUUUGGUUUGUGCCACUCACACUGGUAAUUCACAGCUCCAGAGCAGUACAUCCGUAUUGCAUCUAGAUACAUCUAUUAAAAAACUAAUGGUGAGCCCAGAAGGAGCCAUUUUGAAUGCUAUAAAGACUCCAACAUCAAAAGCUUCCUCUCUGUCUUCAUCCUUCUCACCUGACAUAGUUUCCACAACUAGGAGUCCGACUGCUGUCUUCCCUAAUUUUCUGAAAUCCAGCAUAGGUGUACCUGACACAGCUGCAUCUUAAAUUUAAAGUAAACAAGCUGUUAAAAUGUUGGGGCAUUCUUUUGUGUAUGAAGUUAAUUUAUAAUUGUUUUUUUAAAAAAUUCUUACACUAUUUGAAACAUACCAGACAUGGGGCUGAUGUACAUGAACCCAUGGUAUGUAAUGGCCACUUCUGAGCAGGUAGCAGCUACAAGGCAGAGAACUGGACUAUUGUGCAUGCUGUUAGGAACUCAUGGGCCAAAUGGAUUCAGAUUCUGCAUGUAUCACUGGCCAGUUUGCCAUUAAUUGGGAGCUGCUAACUGAAUUUUUAGAACCCCUACCAUCUGCCCAAGGAUUUGUGUGCAUGUGGCCGUAGUUGAUUUUUAACAAUUACUUCAUAUUAGAUUGCAGCUGCUUGCAAUUCUUUAAAAUACUUUUCAGACCUGUGCUUUCAAAGGGUCUUUAUUAAAGUGGUCAAAAAAGGCCAUCUGUUAAGGCAUGUUUGUAAAAAGCAAUGUUUGAUUCUUAGUUAGCACACUUACAGGGAUAUGUUUCUUCUCACAAAUCAGACUUUUUCCAUCUUAAUUAUAAACAAUACAGUACACUUUUUUGCAAAUUUUACUUUGGUUCUGUGUUUUUAAAAAAAGCAUAUUUAUGCAUUGUAAAAAUGCAGUCUAUGGUGUAAAAUUGUACAUAUUCCCGACUCCCUAACAGUAUGUACUAAACUAUGUGUAAAAAGAAGUACUCUGUCUUAUUUAUGUUUUGUUUACAUAAUGUAUAGUUUUUUAAGUAUUUUAGUAAUU